UGUGUGUCUCUGUGUGUAUGUGUGUCUCUGUGUGUGUAUGUGUGUGUCUCUGUGUGUAUGUGUGUGUCUCUGUGUGUGUAUGUGUGUGUAUGUGUGUGUCUGUGUGUGUAUGUGUGUGUGUAUGUGUGUGUCUGUGUGUGUAUGUGUGUGUCUCUGUGUGUAUGUGUGUCUCUGUGUGUAUGUGUGUCUCUGUGUGUAUGUGUGUCUCUUUGUGUAUGUGUUUCUCUGUGUGUCUCUGUGUGUAUGUGUGUCUCUGUGUGUGUAUGUGUGUGUCUGUGUGUGUAUGUGUGUGUCUCUGUGUGUAUGUGUGUCUCUGUGUGCAUGUGUGUCUCUGUGUGUAUGUGUGUCUCUGUGUGUAUGUGUGUAUGUGUGUGUAUGUGUGUAUGUGUGUCUCUGUGUGUAUGUGUGUCUCAGUGUGUAUGUGUGUCUCUGUGUGUAUGUGUGUGUAUGUGUGUCUCUGUGUGUCUCUGUGUGUAUGUGUGUCUCUGUGUGUAUGUGUGUCUCUGUGUGUAUGUGUGUCUCUGUGUGUAUGUGUGUCUCUGUGUGUAUGUGUGUCUCUGUGUGUAUGUGUGUCUCUGUGUGUAUGUGUGUCUCAGUGUGUAUGUGUGUCUCUGUGUGUAUGUGUGUCUCUGUGUGUAUGUGUGUCUCUGUGUGUAUGUGUGUCUCUGUGUGUAUGUGUGUCUCUGUGUCUCUGUGUGUAUGUGUGUCUCUGUGUGUAUGUGUGUCUCUGUGUGUAUGUGUGUCUCUGUGUGUAUGUGUGUCUCUGUGUGUAUGUGUGUGUAUGUGUGUGUAUGUGUGUCUCUGUGUGUAUGUGUGUCUCUGUGUGUAUGUGUGUCUCUGUGUGUAUGUGUGUCUCUGUGUGUAUGUGUGUCUCUGUGUGUAUGUGUGUCUCUGUGUGUAUGUGUGUCUCUGUGUGUAUGUGUGUCUCUGUGUGUAUGUGUGUCUCUGUGUGUAUGUGUGUCUCUGUGUGUAUGUGUGUCUCUGUGUGUAUGUGUGUCUCUGUGUGUCUCUGUGUGUAUGCGUGUCUCUGUGUGUAUGUGUGUCUCUGUGUGUAUGUGUGCCUCUGUGUGUAUGUGUGCCUCUGUGUCUCUGUGUGUCUCUGUGUGUCUCUGUGUGUCUCUGUGUGUCUAUGUGUGUCUAUGUGUGUCUCUGUCUCUCUCUGUCUCUCUCUGUCUCUCUCUGUCUCUCUCUGUCUCUCUCUGUCUCUCUCUGUCUCUCUCUGUCUCUCUCUGUCUCUCUCUGUCUCUCUCUGUCUCUCUCUGUCUCUCUCUGUCUCUCUCUGUCUCUCUCUGUCUCUCUCUGUCUCUCUCUCUCUCUCUGUGUGUGUGUGUGUGUGUGUGUGUGUGUGUGUGUGUGUGUGUGUGUGUGUGUGUGUGUGUGUGUGUGUGUGU